AGCUGAUGAAAAUAAGGAAGUAACGCUGUCGGAUCGAAGCGGGAGCAGCUUUUCUGCUAUAAAGUGACAGUUGACAGCUCAAUAAUAGAUUCAGAUCGUGCUAAGGAAGUUAGCCGUCAAGCUAAUUCCUUUACUGACUUCAAGUUAUCUUAAAACAAGCCCUAGACAGGAAAGCAGAGGAGGGGAGAGAGACAAAGACAAACCUCUUAUCCCCCACAAUUUUUAUCAGCCACCAUGGACCUCCAAGGGGAUCCCCAGAAAGGAGCUGUGGGGCUGAAACACGAGGAGCUGCCACAGAUGGACGGGUCAUGUGAUGCGUGCGAGCCUGACGAGGCCCAACCGGCCACACAAGUAUGCCACACCUGCAGCUUUGCCUUCUGCCCUGUCCAUGCUGAAAGACAUGCCAGCAGCACACAUCACCCCAUAGUGCCUUACAACCACGAGGGGACACAAGCUAAUGGACUUGGCACCAAAAGAGACUCCAGAGUGGGAAAUAGAGCGGAGGGUGAGGCUGGUGUGGAGAGGGCAGCUGGAAUGGGUGCUAAUCAGGGGAUAGCACUACUUGGAGUGGCAAUGGCUAAUGGCGAUGAGAGUGGUGAUGCUGGGGACAGAGAACGAGUCCAGAAUAGCCUGCAGCUGGAGGCUGAGCUGGAUGGCGGAGCUGAGGGUGCAGAAGCAGGGCAGGACGCCAUGGCUGCAGGAGAGGCUGGAAAGAGGGACACGGUGACAGUAGAGAGACUGCGCUGCAAGGAGCAUAAACAGGAAGGCUCCCUGUACUGUAAACCAGAUGAAAAGAUUAUCUGUGUGGUAUGCGCGGUGCAAGGUGAGCACCGUGAGCAUGAGAUCAUCACCCUGCGCGAGGCCUAUAUGUGGCAGAAGAGCCGGCAAGGUUAUGACCUGCUUGGCUGUACACAACAGAUGGCUGAGAAUGUCAAGACCAAGUGGACCAACCCUGAGAUGUCAACAGAGGAGCUUGAGGCCUAUGUGAACAGCCAGUUCGAUGAGCUCCGCAGACUGGUGCGUCUAGAGGAGAAGAGGACCCUUCACCUGGUAGACCUCAAAGAGGCAUUCCUGACGGCAUCCGCUGCUGAGAAAAUUGCAGAGAUCUCUGUCGAAACUGAGCGCCUACAGGAAGAGAUGGCCAACAUCACGCACCAGCUGUGCCUGCUGGAACAGGCCGAGGCAGCUGGACCUGUGGCCGCAGCACAGGCCCUUGUUGCAGCGCCUGGACCAGCCCACAGAGUGCAGCAUGACAUUGAGGCCAGGCCAAGGCUACCAGAGCCGAGGGCAAACCCCAUGAACCCGCGAGACUUUGACGACAAUGACUCUGGACCAUCCAUGGACCACGCCCCCUGAUACCAGCAGACCAGACUCCUACUACAUCCACCUGUCCUUCAAUGUCUGCUUCAGCCAGCUGUCAGCCCUGUUGAGCUGUCAGGCUGGCCCCCUCUUUCUCUCUCUCUCUCUCUGUCAGCCGUCUCCCUUUUUUACUCCCCCUCCCUCCCUCCACCUCCCCGGUGCCUGCUGGCAGUGAACUGACCUUGAAGAGGGCUGCUGUGACAAAUAUGGAUGGCCACGUCUUUUCUGCUCUCAAACUUUUUUAAUUCCUCACUAGCUACUAACUUUCUUUAAUUGAAGCACGCAAGUUAUGUGCAAUCAAUUACCAUCAGGCUCAAUUUCCACAGCCAGUCAGAUCCUUGGCUUACUGGUGAGCCUGGCUGACUCAGAGAGGAGCCUGGGUAGGCAGCCGAGCGGAGCAUCUGUUAAGCCCAACAGAUGUCAGAAUUGGGAAAUUUCUGUGGCAUGGUCACACUUCAUUUAUGCACCAUAUCAUUUUGUUUCUGUCGUUUUUUGAAAAACAUUCUGGACACUCCCAGACAUAGAAAAGGGAACAUUUGUCAGAUGCCACAAUGCCUUACGUCACCAAGAGAAUAUAUAUUGCGUAGGUGUUUUGGGUGUUAUAUUUUGAUUGUAAAAGAAAGUGUCUGUUUUAUAAUGUUGUCUCUUGUAUUUUCCAUCAUCCUGUUGCCUUUACCCCUCCUUUCCCUGCAGCCUCUGCCCUACAUGCUGAGUCUUUAUGCCUGUGGAUUUGCGCACACUUCCUUGUGUGCUUGUCAGAUCCACUAUCAGAAGCGGGGGACAUUUUGACACCUAUUGAUUGGCGAAUGUUGCUGAGUCUUUGUUAGGGUGAAAAUCGAACCGUAAUUUGACUGUGCAAAAUAGCACUCCCGCAGUAUCAGCUAUCUAUGCGCCGUAAUGUAAAGGCUCAUUACUCCUGGCCAAUCUGCAGCAUAUGACGGAUUGCAAUCUAGACGAGCGUACGCACUUUCUACCUUGACCCGCUCAGCCGUGGCUUUCAUUCAUGAUGUACCGCCGCGAGUCUGUCUGUGUCAGCAGUUUGUUUUUAAUGUGAUUGAUUCUGUUGCCUUAAAUCCAAAAUUGAAAGCGGUGUCACCCGUAAUAUGUGUAACAUGUUUGACAACAACAUGACUUCACUGUACUAUAGCACAAGAAGCACUAAGAGCAGUAUACCCACCCAAGGGAGUUGUCAGAGUGUCAACAGCCUAUUGAAAUAACUCCAACAGCUCAGUCUUUAUUCUCAUGUAACAUCAGACAUAAGUCUGACUGUCUGAUGUCUGCUCUUGUUUUUAUUUGUCUAUUUUUGUCUUAAAUCUAUUAAUAAACAGCCGGUUUCUUAGAUUG